AUGCCCUACACUGCGCCGUUGAAGUCGUUGCUCGCCGCGCAGCACAUUGAAUUUUGUGGACCCACUCCGGACGUCCUACCAGAAAAAUCAGAAAAACCUGGUUUGGUUCGAUCUGCCUCAGAUCGUCUGCAGGGCUCUCGAUCUUACUCCUCUACCUCGUAUGUUCGACGACACCGGAGGUCUCCCUCUACCUCCAAAUCCCCCGUGCACACUCCCGCUUCUGCACGGUUGGAUGGCAACAUAAUUGACCCCCAUGCUAGUCUCCGCCAGUCUCCACCUCCGUUGAACCAUGCUGCCAUCCCACCGGGGGCGAUAAUCUCGCCUCCUGAAUCAGCCCCGAACUCGGACGAGGAGUCACCUGACCAGACAGCUAUCAAGAUUGAGGAUCUCGAGGCAGCUUUCAAGGCCAUUGAACAACGAAAAGAAGGAUCUCCGGAGAGAAUGGGUCCGGCAACGAUAGGAACCGAGGCUCGACCCUCUUCGAGUCAAACACAGCAAUCCACCCCACUCCCCACCCUAAACACCAAACACCAUUUACGACUAUCCAAGACAGCUCGGAAAAUCUCCCACUCCCGAUCAUCUACCGAGUCUGCUAUUUCUUUACGCCAGGAGGAGGCACUAACAAGUUCCCCUGACGACAGCGAUGCCGACAACUCACCCAAGCCAAUGAUGGUUCGGAAGAAGUCGGGCGAACUGGUUCGACCGGCCCUCCGGCCCGCAACGGCUCGACGUCGACCGUCGAGCAUGCCGGGUACUCCGGUAUAUGCCAAGGCAGUGCAUUUUGACUCACAAUUGGAGCACAUCCGUCAUUUCUUACAGCUCGAUCGACCAUUGGCUGUCAGUGCCGAGACAUCCCCAGUAGAUGACCAUGACGGGGAGAGUGAAUUUCCCUUUAGCCAACAACAUGAAGAUACCACCCCCUCAUGGGAGUGGGAGCUUCGGCUUGCCAACUUCCCCAAGGACUCCUCAUCUCGCGCCACAAUGCCCGUUCGUCUCGAAAGGAUGUACCUUUCAGGUGAUAAGAAUGUCUUGGUCGGUUCGGUUGCUGUGGCAAACCUGGCAUUCCACAAGCACGUGGUUGCCCGCUUCACCUUUGACUAUUGGAGAACUAUCUCAGAAGUGAGUGCAGUUUACUGCCACGAUAUCCGCCGCAACCAUACCCAAGAUGCGGCCGACCGGUUUUCAUUCGACAUCAAGUUGGGUGACCAGACCAACCUCGAGAACAAGACCCUUUACCUCUGCAUUCGCUACAUCGUCGAUGGUCAGGAGUACUGGGACAACAAUAAUGGCAUGAACUUCCAAGUCGAUUUUCACAAAGCGCCCAAGACCACCACAUCUAGCAAGCCAAAAGGUGGAUCCCGACCUGCACUUCCCCGCAGUCGGACGUUCACCGGUUCCCACACACGUCCCCACUCGAUGCCGCCAAUGUUUAACGACUUCCCCGAGAUCAUCAAGAACGUACCCUUCUCUAAUCCCUUUGAUGAUUCUAAGGGCAUGCCCUUGACUAAAGUAUCGUCGGAGGAUAUGGAUACAUGCGAGCCCCCAAAACGUCGGGAAAAGCCUAGUCCUCAGGCAUUUGGCAAUCGCUACGACUUUGGCGCCUCUUUAAAUGCGGCGAUUCGGACCAAGCCUCCUAUGGAUCGAACAACCUUGACGACACGAGCACGAUCUGGACAGCCCACCGAUGUUGACGCUAAACCGGUCCGGAAGGUCUCAGAUAAUUUGCGGGGCGAGUCUUCUACAGUGAGCAAGUCCUGUUCUGGAGCCCCCGCAGAAAAUCCGAAGCCUUCCUCACUGGUUUCUAGCAAGCCGUGUCUCGAGUCCUCGGUGUACAAAGAGUUGGUCGAUAAGUACUGCUUUUAUGGGUCCUCCAAGUCCCCAACCACCAAACAAACCUUCGCUGUGAAUGUUCCUGGCGAGGAUGCCAGAAAGCCCCCCUCUGGAACACCCUCACCUCCUCUCUCCCCCGGCUCCCCAGCACAUCUCGAGCCACCCUCUCCCUCUGUUGAAACACCUCGUGAAUCCCGAGCAAGGUCACCGGCGGCCCCGAGCCCGCGUACAUCUCCUCGCAGCUCACCGUCUCCGAUGUCCCAUCGCUACCCAUACCAUCAGACCUUUCAAAACGGAUUCAUGAACGACUCUCCGUCGUCGCCUGUGAUUAGAGGGUGA